AUGAUGAUGAGCUAGAGGAAGAAGAAGAGGAAUGAGAAGUUGUGAGGUUUCCAGGUCUUCUAUUCAAGAGCCCACCUCAACAGCUUCAUUAUGUUGCUACCUUUCUGCCUCCCACCUACAAAGAUGAAGAAGAUGAGGAGGAAGAGGAAAAAGAUAUUCGUAGAGAACUGACUGCUUUGCACAAUUUUGUCUGUUUAGAUCACAUCUUUGGACACAAUUGCAGCUUGAGCUGCAAGGACUGCAUGAAUGGAGGAAAGUGCCAGGAAGGAAAGAGUGAAUGCUCCUGCCCAGCAGGUUGCCGUGUCAUUCUUUGUAAUGAAAACUGUCUCGAGGGUGCCUACGGAGCUGGCUGCACUUCAGAAUGUCAGUGUGUGGAGGAGAAUACCCUGGAAUGCAGUGCCAAAAAUGGUAGUUGCACCUGCAAAUCUGGUUACCAAGGCAACAGGUGCCAGAAAGAUGGCCUCUGGGGACCAGAGGGCUGGUUCUCCUCUGCACCCUGUGAAAAUGGAGGUCAGUGCAACAAAAAAACUGGAAAUUGUGACUGCACUCCUGAUUACACAAGAAAAUCCUGUACUAUAUCUUGUCCUGAAGAUCACUAUGGGAAGAACUGUGUUCAAUGGUGUUCCUGUGGCUCAGGACAGUGUGACCCAGUGACUGGAGUGUGUCAGUGUCCACCUGGCCGAAUGGGAACCAGGUGUCAGGAAGGUAACAAUGGGCAGGGUCACCUUCUCUGUCCAAGCACUAAAUUAGCUAUGCUGCGAAAGCAGAUUUGGUGCCAACGAAGAUAAUUAUAAUGACAAUAUUUACAAGAAUGUUUUCUGUUAGUGUGACUUUCAAAUAACAUGAAAGUACAUGCUCCCGAGCCGGGCGCGGUGGCUCACGCCUGUAAUCCCAGCACUUUGGGAGGCCGAGGAGGGCGGAUCACGAGGUCAGGAGAUCGAGACCAUCCUGGCUAAAACAGUGAAACCCCGCCUCUACUAAAAAUAUAAAAAAUUACUGGGGCGUGGUGGCGGGCGCCAGUAGUCCCAACUACUCAGUAGGCUGAGGCAGGAGAAUGGCGUGAACCCGGGAGACGGAGCUUGCAGUGAGCCGGGAUCGCCCCACUGCACUGCAGCCUGGGCGACAGAGCAAGACUCAGUCACAAAAAAAAAAAAAAAAAAAAAAAAGGA